UUCGUUUUCUUCUACAUUCUUCCACACCCAAAUCCCUCAUCUUAACUCCAUAAUCACAUAAUCAACAAACCUUAAAUAACAUAUAAUCUCCUCAAAACCAAUCAACACCGUCCAAAUCUCUCUUCUCCGAUCAAAAUUCCAAAAUCUCCGAUAAUGCAACACGGCGACGUUAGCUCUGCCUAUUACCAAUAUUACCAGCCUCACUUUCCGAACCCUAACCCUACCGAUCAACCCUACACUCCGGCCGCCGCCGUCCCCGGCCAAUUCGCCUCCGCUCCGCCUGUUGCUUCCGGCGAUUACUCCAAUUACGCCGCCACAUAUCCGCCGUAUUCCGAUCAUGCCCCUAAUCCACCGGCUCCGUUCCCUUCAAACCCUAGCUCUCAAUCUACCUACGGUUUCCCUCACCUUGAAGCUCCUCAGCCCAAUUAUUAUCCCUAUGAUCAAAAUCAACCACCUGUGAAUUAUGAUUUUGCUCCACCAAAUCCACCUAGUUAUAAUUCAUUGAAUUCGUCAGCUCCUUAUUCGUCCACAGGGACUAAUUAUGGUAAUUCGUUUGAGAAUAACGCGAAUUAUGGUUCGUAUGGUGGUGAUCAGGGGUUGUAUGAUGGUGGUGUUUAUAAGUAUAAUGGGAAGAAAGAGGAGUCGUAUAGUAGUGGAAAUCGAUCACAGUCGAGUUCGGGUUUGAUGUUUGAUGAUUAUGGAAGACCGAUUAAUGUUGAUAAUAGUGGGAGGGAGCAGCAGCAGGGAAGACCUGUGAAUACUCCUACUAAAGUUGUGAAGGCAACACCAAAGAUUGAGGACCAACAAGAUGUAACAGGUGGUGUUUUGAAGUUUCGUGUCAAGCUUUUAUCGGAAGGCAUUGGUCAGACUGAUAUGGAUGUGCUCUGUCAGAUUGGUCUAGAUGGGAUUCGCAUACUUGAUCCUGCGACUAGCCGGACUCAGAGGAUAUAUUCACUCGAGAACGUGACAAGAUGGGAGGUGUUGGAUUCAUAUAUAUUUGCAUUUUGGGCUAAAACUUCGGUCGACUUUGAAGCUAAACGUAUAAGGCUGAAAUCAAAUAGCUAUACCACGAAUAAUAUUCUUGAUGCAGUGACAGCAGCAAGUAUUCAGGUCAAAGAAAUGGGCGAGAGUAGUAUGCCUUCAGAUGCAAUCAAGGGAUCUGAGUCGGCUGCUGAGAAGAAGAAAGGUUUUGAUUGGAUGAAGUUGAUGAGGCCACUUAAUGAAGAGAAAGAUCACUGGGUUCCUGAUGAAGCAGUUCGCAAGUGCACUGCUUGUGGGACAGACUUUGGUGCUUUUGUACGAAGGCACCACUGCAGAAAUUGCGGGGAUAUUUUCUGUGACAAAUGUACUCAAGGUAGAACUGCUUUGACUGCAGAUGAAGAUGCCCAACCAGUUCGAGUUUGUGACCGAUGCAUGGCUGAGGUAACUCAAAGGCUCAGCAAUUCUAAAGCUGCGGUCAGAGUUGCUGCAUUGCCAAGUCAUGUAGACCUUGCAAAAAAACUCCAGGAGGAGAUGGACAAAAAGCGGAAGACAUCAAUAGGUCAUACAUCCGAAGGAUCCAGGAGGAUGAGAGAGGUUGCAUGUCCAACUUGCACAGUCCAUUUGCAGGUUGAAGUCCCAGCUUCUGGAUCAGAAACGAUAGAGUGCAGCGUCUGCCAGCAGCCAUUCCUUGUUAGUGCUCAUUGACAGGCAGGGUUGGUGUGGUUUGUUCUGCAAUAUUCCUAAUAUGCAGGGAUUGAUUAGAAUCCACCACAAUGUUCCUUCCAACUUUAUAUGAUUGUUUUUUAAGGGUAUCAAGAUCUGUAUUUAUUGGUGUUUGUGUUGGUCUCCCAAUAAUGUAGAUUUAUAGAUCUAUGAACUUUUUGUCUGCUGUGUGCAUGUACAGUACGUGCUUCAUGUAGGGAAGUACUUGCAAAAGUGAUUCACUAACUUGUUCAGUUCAUUGUGCAAAUCAAUCAGUUUUCGUCA